AUGCAAACAACAUCGCAAAAUCUAUCGCCGGUCAACGCAACAGCUUAUGUGCCAACGAGUUCUCCGGGCAAUACAGCCUAUGAUGCUCUCAUCCAACUAGUUGAUACGUCUGAUGUACUGAGUCAAGUUGAACUAUUUCGUCUUUUGUUUGAACGGCGAUCGCCUGUUCCAAUACUCACCCCAACACGAUCUAAUCCUCCUUUCUUUUACUAUGCAAAACCUUUAACAUUCGCAAGUGUCAAGUUGAGUACGGAAAAUUAUUGUAAUUUAGGCUCAAAUACAACACUCUAUCGGAUCGCUAUUAUUUCAAUGCGACGUGCUGGCCAAAGUGAAAGCGUUGAAUUUUUGAAGCAAGUUUUUGCGUGUAAUUCUCUUGCACCAUCAUCCAGUGAAUUUCUUAAAUGUUUACCAGAAAACAGUUGCAUUGCUGAGAUGGGCGUUGGGUUUUGUCCAAAAAUGGAGCACGAAGGAGGCGACAAUCAAUCUAUAUUUUCUUAUAAUGAAGUUCUUGUCUUACAUGUUAUUGGCAAUUAUAUUUCUAUAUUUUCGUAUAUUCAUGAUUUUGCUGAUCUUAUAAUUGUCGAAAGUCAUUCGAGCAGCUCUAAUGAGUACAAUCCACCUAUUCCAGUGAAAGACUCUCAGAAAGUAAUCAUUUGGAAAAGUGCUAGUAGCGCACGUGAACCAUAUGUUUCUCCUAAACGUUAUAUUUGCCUAAAAAGCACUAUUGCUCAAGCUCGUUCUCACAUUCAUGCCAUUAUCGACGAUCUCACAAAUCAAACAGGUAGCAUGAAUCGAAUUAGUGUGCAAGAUAUUAAACAUUCUACUCUAUAUGAAAUCGAUAGUAUCAAUUGGAUUAAUGUUGAAAAUGAAAGUAGUGGAAAAUCAACUCUUCUCAAUUUAAUGUUUGGUACUCGUUUACGAGCAAGUGCUGGCAUGUGCACUAGAGGAGUUAACAUUCAAUUGUUAAAAGCUGAAGAUCGUUCUGAAUACGACUAUGUUCUUAUUCUUGAUAGCGAAGGAGUACGAGCGCCUGAGUUCAGUGGUUUGGAAGGCGCCACCUGGCGUGACAAUCGUUUAGCGACGUUUAGUAUUCUACCUGCUGAUGCUACAAUUAUAAUGAUUAAUAAUGAAGAAGAUACUGCUGCUCGAGAAGUUUUGCCCAUUGUCAUGCUUGCUUAUCAACAAAGUGAAUUGGCCGCCAAAUCAACAAAUCAAUUGAAAACAAAAUUAUUUUUCGUCUACACACGUAUUGACACGAAUGAGAAGAGUAAACUAACGGGCAUCGCCCAGUCUCUUUCGUUGGAACUAAGAAAAGCGGCCGCAGAUCUCGAGCAUGAUCAACAUCAUGGCACAAAAGAGUCGAACAAUGACGAACAAAAUUUAGCUUCUGAAUUGUUACAUGAUUUUCAGACGACAGACAUUCAAUUUCUUGGAAAGCUAAAAGUGCGUGAUAAGCCACCUGAAGAUAUACCAGAAUUUGAUUAUGGACACGAUAUUGUCAAAUUGAAUGCCUAUAUAUAUUAUCGCCUUACAAAAUCAUCUCCCCGUUGGCAAGCCCGUGAAUUGUCCAAGAAAGCACAUCAACUUGUAUAUGCUCAACUUGUCAUUCAACUAAGCACAAUUCAAAAUGAAUGGGAGAAAGUUCACUCGAUUGCUGUUCGUUUGGAUGCUGCACGUGCUGAUAUGUGGAAUUAUUACAAGAAAACUGUUCAAGGUAUUCAUGAAAGUAUACCUGCAACGUUGCCAUAUGAUUAUCUUCGUCCAGAAAAUAUCAACUCCCUAAUAAAGUUGAUUCGUGAUGAACUCGUCAAUCGACACGCACGUGGUGGAGUUACGCUACGAUGUUCUGAACCGUGUCCUUUAUGUGGCUCUCCUUGUCGAGCAGCAGCUGGUCAUACAACGGAUCCAUCUGAGGAUAAACAGCGUCAUGAUUGUGACCAUCAACCAAGUGGUCUUUUCGGAACCUAUGAUUAUAAUACGAGACAACUUGUUUCAGACUCUUGCUCUACUAAUAUUCUUGGAAACUACACCUUUCCAUUUACUAGUAUACGCGAUCAGCGGCCAUAUUCCCAAUUUGGAAUUUGUUUUCCGACAUGGAAACAGCCACCUCCGUUAACAACAAAUGCAAAUGAAGUUGGCCAAUAUAUCUUUUAUCAUUAUCAAAACGAGCUAGCUCAAUAUCAUAAAUGUGAACCUUGUACUAAUGUUCCGUCAUCAUUUAAUCGAUCUUUAGACGAACUGGAACAGAAGCAAAAGAAUGUUAUCGUUGGCAUAACAUCUGAAUGA